AUGAAAUUCCUGACUAGUUUAGUGUGCUUAGGCGUUGUCCUGAUUGCUCAAAAUGCCUCAGGAUAUAAUAUUCUAGGAGUGUUUCCUACUCCUGGAAGAUCUCACUAUAUUCUAGGAUCGUCCCUUAUGAAAGGAUUGGCACAAGCAGGUCACAAUGUGACAAUUGUUGCGGCGUACAAACAAGAAAUUCCUGUAGAGAAUAUGCGGGAAAUUGUCGUUGCUAUGACACCGGCGGACAGCUUGAGUGAAAUCCUCUAUCAACUAACCAAUAAGUCUCCCAGUGAACAAAUACGGGAUGUUCUCGCUUAUGGAUUGUUAUUCACGGAUGAAACUCUAAGUGAUCCUAAUGUGAAGGAUCUGAUGAGUAGCGGAGAAUCAUUUGAUCUAGUCAUCAUUGAGAUCUUCUACUCUGAAAGUCUCUUGGGAUUUGGUAGAAUAUUCAACGCUCCUGUGAUAGGAUUUUCUACAUUUGGCGCUGCCAAAUCGUCAACAGAUCUCAAUGGAUCACCUUCGCCCUUGUCCUACGUCCCGCACUUCCAGUUCACUUUCUCCGAUCGGAUGUCCUUCAUGCAGAGAUUAAGAAAUGUUCUUCUUACAACCUAUGAGAAUGUUUACAUGGAUAUGUAUUAUGAUGACAAACAAACAGCACUUUAUAAUAAGCAUUUCCCGGAUCCUAAGCCAGAUCUCAAGGACAUUUGGAAGACAAAAAUGCCACUGGUUCUCCUCAAUUCCCAUUUCUCAUUAAACCACCCACGACCUUAUUUGCCUAGCAUGGUGGAAAUCGGAGGUUUUCAUAUUAAAAGGAAGCCAAAACCAUUGCCAAAGGAUCUUCAAGAGUUCCUUGAUCAUUCUCCGAAUGGAGUGAUUUACUUCUCAAUGGGAUCCACACUUCACGGCGUUCAUUUUCCGACUGAAAAGAGAAAUGCUAUUUUGCGAGUCUUUAGUCGUUUACCAGUAAAAGUAUUGUGGAAAUGGGAAGAUGACACUCUUCCUGGCAAACCAGAAAACGUCCUGAUCAGAAAGUGGUUUCCUCAAGAUGAUAUCCUAGCUCAUCCCAAUGUGAGAUUCUUCAUCACUCACGGAGGGCUUCUUAGCACAAUGGAAGCUACUUAUCAUGGGGUUCCCGUUAUUGGAAUUCCGAUCUUUGGGGAUCAAAUGAUGAAUAUGGCAAAGGCUGAGGCUGCAGGAUACGGUCUCACUGUGAAAUUUGGGAAUUUCUCUGAAGAAUCAAUUUCUUGGGCCAUCAAUGAGUUACUCUCCAAUGAUAAAUAUUCAAUUCGAGCCAAAACCAUUUCCGCACGAUUCCGAGAUCAACCUGAAGAUCCCAUGAGCAGAGCUGUUUACUGGAUUGAGUACGUUGCUCGACACGGAGGAGCCAAACACUUGAUCUCCGGAGGACAGGAGCUGAGCUUCAUCCAAUACCACAAUUUGGACGUUUUCGCUCUUCUUCUUGCUGUGCCUUUACUUAUUUUUGUAAUCCUUAAGCGAAUGUUUAGAAAAUUGAUGAAGAAGAUUUGUAAAAGAACUUGUAAAGAAAAUCUUACUAAGAAGCUAAAAUAAAGUAAGUCUUUCUGGGCUGGAUGACUUGCAAACCACCCGCGUGAUUGUUCUUAAUUUUGAU